AUGCCAGCGCCCGACGCCAAGGCCGACUUUGUGCCCUGGGAGAUGGAACUCAGUCAGCCCAGCGGCUCUACAAUACCAGGACCCUUCGUCAUUCUAGACGUGCCUUCUGAGUUCCCGCGAAUGGACGAAUUCUUCAUGACGUCCAACUAUAAAUACAUCUUCCUCAACGUCUUCAUGCCCAACAGGUCAGACGGCGGCAGAAACAUCUUCCACGGCCUCAAUGGCCUGGCCAUGCACAGCCACAAGACUGGCAAAACCCGCUGGUUUUAUGCCGGUGAUGACUCCGCUCGUGUAGGAGCCCGUCUUUGUACCGCGGAGCCCGGAUGCGUCUGA